GCAACGGUGCAAUUGUUCGUCAUCAUCGGGUUAAGGGAGAUACCUCGCUACAGAGAGGGAGAGAGAGAGAUUGAUAAUCGAUAGAGAGAGAAAGCGCUUGAGAGCUUCUCACGACCUCACCGACCAUGGCGAUGGUGAUUUCCUCGGAGCGCUCAGGUUUGAUUCCAUAUCUCCGAUGUCCGCGGCGAUCUCUCGUUCUUCUUCUUCUUCGCCUUUCUUCUUCUCCGCGCAAGUCGCGGAAUGUAGGGUUUCAGAUUCGAAUGCCUCGAAGGUUCAGAAUUAGAUAUUUGGAAUCGAUUCUUGCUCUUUAACUUCUGCGGAUUUGGAGAUUGGGGCUACAUUGUCUCCUAUCCAAGAAGAUGUUGCUAGAUUAUGAUUUUGGAUAUCUGUGUUAUCUCAUUUUGAUCGUCUUCUUCGUCUUCGCCCUAUACGUUUCCCAGAAGAAGGUUCAAGAUUCAGUUUUUUUGGAUUUAUGUUUCGUUUCUACCUAGAGGAAGUUGCAAGGUUAGGGUUUUGGAUGUAUAUUUCGUCUGAUUUUGGUGAUCUUCUUCUUAUUCGACUUCUCUACGACCCAGAAGAAGGUUGAAGCUAAGGGUUUGGGAAUUAUGUUUCGUCUUUACCUAGAAGAUGUAGGAACAUUAGGGUUUUGAUUUUUUAUUUCGUCUGAUUUUGACGAUCUUCUUCGGGUACGCCCUUUCUACUACCUGGAAGAAGGUUCAACAUGAGGGUUUUGGAUUAUAUAUGUUGGGUCUGAUUCUCAUGGUCUUCUGCUUUUAUUAUUCGGAUGGAUCUACGGUACCUACAAGAUGUUGGCAGAUUAGGGCUUGGAUUUUUUAUUUCGUCUGAUUUUGAUGAUCUUCUUCGUGUACGCCCUUUCUACUACCUGGAAGAUGGCUCAAGAUGAGAGUUUUGGAUUAUAUGUUUCGUCUGAUUCUGAUGGUCUUCUACUUUUAUUAUUCGGAUGCAUCUAUAGAACCUAAGCGCUACGGAUUCCAGAAGAACGCCCGAGGGACAGCGCCGUUGACUAAUGGUACCAGCACCAUCAAGGUCUGCUUCUACUGGAAGGCCGGGCGCUGCACCCGCCACCCAUGCCCUUUCCUCCACGGAGAGCCCCAGCAUCCAAAUGUCGGGUCUAUGCGGAAGCGUGCUGUUGGGCCCGAUCAUUUGGUGCCUCCUGUCAAGAAGAGCCACCAGGGUACGGGCCGUGUAUGGAGAAACCCUAGUGCAGGCCCUAAACCCUCUGCCCCCUCCCCGAAAAGAGUCUGCAUGAUGAAGUGCCCCGCUGUGGCCGUGGAUGGUUCUAGUACUACUCCGAACGUAGUCUGUGAUAGGAAUGUAGAAAUAAAUGGGAAGACCUGCACUGUGGCCACCAGAAAGGGUGGUUCUGGGGAAAUAAAACCUAAUACCAACAGUAAACCCAAUGUCCCUUCUUCAAAAGGAAUCUGCAAGAUUAAUCAACAGGGCAAUGCGAAGCCCCCAGCAAUGCCCGUGAAUCACUAUGCUUGUUCUGUGGAGGAUGUCUGUGAUAGCAACCUUGGGAGCAAUGGAAAGGCCCCCGCUGUGGCCACCAAUAAGGAUUCUGAGGAAAUGAAUAAGGGAGAAGCUCGUCUAUGUGGCAACACUCGAGAAGUGAUCUGUAAACACUUCAUCUCUGGGAAUUGUAGCUAUGGUGAGAGUUGCCGGGACAGACAUUCUUGGUGUAUUAGUGAUAGCUUCUCCUUGUUGGCUCGUCUUGGGGGACACAGCAAGGCUGUUACAGGCAUUACUAUGGUUUCUGGGUUUGGUAAGCUGUUCUCUGGGAGCAAUGACAAGACUGUCAAAAUCUGGGACUGUUGGACAGGACAGUGUGUCCAAGUUGUUACCAUGGAAGGCGAAGUCGGUUGCAUCAUUAGUGAGGGGCAAUGGGUUUUUGUUGGGCUUCCUAAUGCUGUCAAGGCUUGGAACUUACAAGAUUCAAUUGAUGUAACCCUUGAAGGACCCAAAGGUCAGGUCUAUGCCUUGAUAGUAGGCAACAACACACUCUUUGCUGGGACACAGGAUGGAAGUAUUUGGGCUUGGAAGCCUAAUCCAGAUAAGUGCUGCUUUGAGCCAGCUGCCACACUUCGUGGGCAUAAAAAAGCUGUAGUGUCAUUCAUUGUAGGAGCACACCGGCUCUACUCUGGUUCAGGGGACUGUACAAUUAGGGUUUGGGACUUUGCAACUCUCCAGUGCACGCACACCCUUACAGGCCAUGAAUCAGUUGUUAUGUCACUGUUAUGCUGGGACCAGUUUUUGUUCUCUUGCUCCUUGGAUGGAACGGUGAAGGUCUGGGCUGCUGCAGAAAACAAUGGGAUAGAAGUAGAGUAUACCCACAAGGAAGAGCAUGGAGUGCUUGUGCUGCACGGAGUGAAUGAUGCUAAAGCCAGUCCGGUGCUCAUGUGCUCAUGCAACGACAAUGUUGUGCGUGUCUACGACCUACCAUCAUUCAAUGAAAGAGGGAGGAUUUUUUCCAAGGAGGAAGUGAGGACUUUAGAGAUCGGCCCUGGUGGUCUCUUUUUUACAGGAGAUGGAGCCGGUGAGCUGAAAGUUUGGAAGUUGUACUCUAAUUGAACGGCAGCUGGUUGACUCGAUACUCAAUACUACUCGGUCUUUAUAUACUGUAGCAUGCUAAUGUCCUAUAUAAAUUACAAAAACAGUUUUGGUUCACGAUGUAAGUGAGACGCUCAUUCCCUUUCGAGUUUUGAGCAAUUCCUUUGUAUAUAGGCAUAUUAUUUUAAUCAUAAUGAAAAAAAAAAAAAAAGUGCUUUUUGGCAACUUGUGCCGAGUCCUA